GAGAAGAUAAAUAGAUUACUCUUUGUAGCUGUGAUCCUUGACCCCCGAAUCAAGUUGGCCGUGAUAGAAUAUUGGGCAAAUUCCGUCCUCGGGGCAAUGAAGGCUGCAUCGUUUAUUACAGCGCUGAAAACUGAUCUCGAUGACUUGUACAACCACUACAAAAAUAGUGGACAGCCUUCAUCUUCAGCGGGUACCUCACACGUGACUCCGACACCUCCCUCUGAUGACUUUAGCCCGACUGACACAUUGCCUCGACGCCGUAGGAAUUACGACAUCAUGAACGAGUAUCAUCAGCUUGUUGCAUCGAAGAAUAUUAUGGGGUGUACUUCAAAGGUUGAACGGUAUUUUAUGGAAGAGGUCGAGGCACCUAGUCCUGCAUUUGAGAUAUGCAUUUGGUGGAAGGCUAAUUCCAUCAAGUAUCCAAUCCUUUCCCGUAUUGCCCGAGAUGUGCUAGCCAUUCCUAUUACGAUGGUUGCAUCUGAGUCGGCGUUUAGCACUGGAGGUCGAGUCUUGGAUGCUUUUCGGAGUUCUUUGUCACCGUCAACCGUGGAGGCCCUCAUUAGCACACAGAACUGGAUCAGUGAUACACCCCUUGGACUAGAUAGCAUUGGCAUUGAUGAUGAGAGCUAUAGGCUUGAAGAUGAUGUAAUUGUGAACCCCAGUAUAGUUGCCGAUGAAUGAUGGAGUAUGGAUAAAGAUAAGUUGAUGUCAGAAUUAACUUAAUCUUUAUUG